AUGGCAGCGGCCAAACGUGUACUUUAUGUUGGUGGACUUGCAGAGGAGGUUGACGAAAAAGUCCUGCAUGCCGCAUUUAUUCCUUUUGGUGAUAUAACUGAUAUUCAGAUCCCACUCGACUAUGAAACUGAAAAACAUCGGGGGUUUGCCUUUAUCGAGUUCGAGUUGGCUGAGGAUGCAGCUGCUGCCAUCGAUAACAUGAAUGAGUCAGAGCUCUUUGGCAGGACCAUCAGGGUAAACAUUGCCAAGCCCAUGAAGAUUAAAGAGGGUUCUUCCCGCCCAGUGUGGUCUGAUGAUGACUGGUUGAAGAAGUUCUCAGGGAAAACCACAGAAGAGAGUGAGGAAACAGGAGAGGCUGCUGGAGAAUCAGCCAACACGACCACUAAUGAGGGUGAACCCCCAGCUAAGAAAGGCAGAACUAACCCACAGGUCUACAUGGACAUCAAGAUUGGCAACAAACCUGCAGGAAGAUUGCGCUUUUUGCUCCGGGCAGACGUUGUACCAAUGACAGCAGAGAACUUUCGUUGUCUGUGCACACAUGAGAAAGGCUUUGGAUUCAAAGGCAGCAGCUUUCACAGGGUCAUUCCACAGUUCAUGUGUCAGGGAGGAGAUUUCACCAACCACAAUGGCACAGGGGGCAAAUCCAUUUAUGGGCGCAAAUUUGAUGAUGAGAACUUUGUCCUUAAACACACUGGGCCAGGGCAACUCUCCAUGGCUAACUCUGGCCCCAACACGAAUGGCUCUCAGUUCUUCAUCACCUGUGACAAAACAGACUGGCUGGAUGGGAAACAUGUGGUGUUUGGAGAACUCAUAGAGGGUGCAGAUGUUUUGCGAGCCAUUGAGGCACAAGGCACAAAAGAGGGCAAACCCAAACAGAAAGUAAUCAUUUCUGACUGUGGAGAGUACGUAUGAGAGUGUGUGUAUGU